AUGGCUCAAGAAGUACGUUUGGAUGUCAGCGAAGAAAGCGCUCUCAAGCUGAAUAAUAAGUUCAUCGAGCUCACUUUCGAGGUCAAGGAUGGAGUCCAAAUUCCGGUCAAUUUAACGGUAUGGCUUCUUCUUUCUUACAAUAUUGUAGAAAUCCGAAUUGUUUUCAGUUGUCAAAGUUCGAAAGUUCUUCCGGUUCUCCUCCAAUCGUGGACCUUCAAACUUCGGAAGGGGAAUCGAUCACGGAAAUGCUACAGAAGCCGACAGGAAUUGUCCGAUUGAGCACGCCGACGAAGACUUCCUCCCCGAGCACUCCAGUUUCCGCAGUCUCCUCAGCGACCACUCUGACUUGCUUCUUCGACAGAGCAGCUACCGUAAGUCUGAUCUCAUUUGAAAAAUCGAAAUGUUUCCGUUCAGAUCCAACCAAUGGUCGUCUCCCAAAUGCCGAUGUCACCGUUCCCGGCCAAUGCAAUUUUCGCAGCUGGUCCUACUGAUAUCUCAUUAAGACAAUUGUCACUGGACCCGAUGCCGGAUUACAUGUACGCAAAACUGAAGGAGGAAUGCAAUCUACCAGAGUCCCAUUUGGAAUCUCCUCCAGAAUUCGGAUCGUAAGAAACUCUACCUCGCAUCAUUUAUUGAAUGUUGUGUCUUCAGAUUCUAUGCGGCAUUCAUCGAUGAGAGGUGGGAACGAGUACAGUGCAUUCGAGCGAGCAAGAUCGGUUCGUCUGGGUUCUCAGUAGUUAUGCUCAUUUACACUGUUCAGAUAAACAAGCAUUCUGCGUUUAUCUCCUCGACGUCGGAGCGUUCCAAUACGUUAGAAAAGAAGCGAUGCGUCGGUUGAAUUCCGCCUCUCCGUUCAAAAAGAUGCUCAUGUUCAAGUGCAAAAUCGGAGGGAUCAAGCCGAUGGCCGGAGGAGAAGUGUGGAGUCGCGAAUCGCACGAAGCCGUCAGAGAGUUCUUCGAAGCGGCAGGAGGAGAGCCCGUCGUGGUGAGUGGGAGAAGCGAAAACAACUCGAUAAUAUGGAUCAUUGCAGGUAGAGCCCACUCCUCCAGGCUGGUCCCAAUGGAAACAACUGAAUGCGCCGGGAGUUCCGACCUGCGAAGCUCGUCUGUCGUGCUGUGGAAGGGACAUCGGAGAUUGGCUGAUCGCUUGCGGACUCGCCCUUCCUCUGAACGCCCCCAUUCCGAUCACUAAUUCUUCCUCGUUGCUCACUUUUGUCCCUCCCCCGAUUAAUAUUGUUGGAGGGCGCAUCUAA